AUGAGUAACCUCAAAAGGGAAAUGCAGGCGUGGCUUUCAGAGAAGGGGGUUCCGUGGAGUGACGAUAUGGUAAAGCCAGAGCUGAUGAAGCUUAUUAAGACUGCGAAAGUAGAUGGCAACUCAUAUCGUAUUUACUGUAUGGCUGCUGCAGCCAGACACUUCGUUUUAAGGCUACCGCCGUAUCAUUGCCAGCUCAAUCCCAUAGAGCUGGUGUGGAACGACACGAAGCGUUUUGUGUCUUCUGCGAACCGGGCAUUUAAAAUGGAAGAGCUGAAUAAACAUGCUGCAGAGGCCAUAGCACAAGUAAAUCCGCAGAAGUGGAAGAACUAUGUUAAACAUGCGGGUGAGGAAGAAGAGAAGACGAAGCAAAUGGACCACAUCAUUGACGAUGUAGUAGACGACGAACAAGCAGUCGUAGUCAAUUUAGGGGAGGACACAACUUCUGACGAGGAGGACAUCAUGGACGAUGAACACUCUGAAUGGCAGUGA